UGUGGACAGUUAUGGUUCUCAACUUCUUAUUAGAGUAUAUAUAUAAGUAAAUCUGAGGACUGGGACUACUUUUUUAUUCUACUUCAAAAAACAAAAAUAAUCAAAACUGCUAAUAUUUGACUCACAGGAGAUAUUUUAGCCUCGAGACCUGUCCUCACCGAGAGAGAAAACUAUGGAGCAACCAGAGUAUCAGUCGCCGGAAAACGACGACUAUGGCGAAGAUGAUGUUGCUUCCUACGAUGGUGAUCUUCCUGAUGCUGAUCAGUCAGCUACUGAUGAUGUCACUGAAGAUCCCCAAUCUCAGAAUCUUGAACAUAUGAAGAAAAGAUUAGAAGAGCUUGAGGAUGAAGCUGGUGCACUUCGUGAAAUGCAGGCUAAAGUUGAACAGGAGAUGGGAAUCCCUCAAGAAUCAACUGCUGCAAACCCAACUCAAGCUGAAAAGGAGGAGGUUGAUUCCCGUUCAAUAUAUGUUGGCAAUGUUGACUAUGCUUGUACUCCUGAAGAGGUUCAGCAGCAUUUUCAGUCCUGUGGAACUGUGAACAGAGUGACCAUUUUAUCAGACAAGUUUGGUCAACCCAAAGGAUUUGCAUAUGUGGAAUUUGUGGAAAUUGAAGCAGUUCAGGAAGCUCUUUUGCUGAAUGAGUCUGAACUGCAUGGACGUCAGUUGAAGGUGUCAGCUAAGAGGACAAACGUUCCUGGGAUGAAACAGUACCGAGGAAGGCGACCAAGCCCUUAUGGAAACAGAUCUAGGAGACCAUUCAUGCCUGGAGCUCCUGUUUAUGGUGCAUACGGAUAUGGAAGGGCUCCCAGAAUGAGGCCUCCAAUGCGGUACAGGCCAUAUUGAUCGGUGUGGAUUAAGAUAAAAAAUUUCAAUGAAGGAAAGUUAUUUGAUGAUGUUGAAAAUACAGAUUAUUUAGGGCAAUCAAACAAAUGUUAAUGAAACAGAUGUAGUUAUUACCUUUUAUAUUUGAAGUGAUUGUAAACAUAUCCUGUAUUUUAAGUUUUGGUGUAAGAUUGUGAUUUGUUCUUUUGUAUUAAGAUUUGAUCGACCGGUAAUUGAAUCAUGUAAAGCAGGUCUCGGCUGCUUUAUGUUUACAUUGAUC